GCCGCGCCACGCCGCCGUACUUAUCACGGGCCUCCCGCGACGCUGGGCCAGUACUGCGAGUUCCGUUGCGCUGCCAACUACGCCCGCCUACGUGUCACUUCGCCUGCUAUUCUCCCGGCUCUAAGGACCAGCGACCAGAAUAUGGAGCCAAACAAGAGCCAGCCACCCCCAUAUGGGUUCCAGCCGCCGCCCACGCAGCCACCACCGUACACACAGACACCUCAAGCGCAGCCUUACGGCCCGCCCCCACCACAACCUGGAUACGUCCAACAACACAUCACAGUGGUGGCGCCUCUAAUGCUGGGCACAGACCCUUGUACAACUGAGUGUCCCGCGUGUCGAGCUACCAUAGUGACCAGGACGUCGUCGAAGCCAUCCACAAACACGCACUUGCUGGCGCUGCUGCUGUGCAUAUUCGGGCUGUGGCCGUGUGUGUGCGUGCCCUACUGUGCCGAGUGUGCGUACGCAGUCGACCACUUCUGCCCCAACUGCAACGCCUACAUCGGCCAAUCGAUGGCGUAACGGCGGGCUGCACCGAGCCUCCGGUCUCGUUCAUGCCUGUCACGUCGAGGGUGGGGACCCAUUUCCGCUCCGAGAGGGCUGCGUGCUGAAUCAUCUCCGGCCACGCUGCGAUACACUCCCAGGGCUUGCGGCUGCGAGCCACCGGUACUAUUCACGUACCGUCUACGUGUGCUGAUUCCUAAGUCGUACUGCAUAUUUAUAAGUCAAAGUGUUGUAUGUAUUUAUUCAUUUUGUAAAUAUUACUAUUAUUUGAAAUAAAUACUGUAUUAUUGCUAAAAUGGCAA